GAUGACAUGAAUGACCAUAUCUAUCAACUGACCUUUCCACUCAGAAUAAAGACACAAACUUUCAAAAAAUAUCACAUUCAACUUUUUAUUUCCUUUCAUCAAAAUUUAUCAAAAAAUAAAAAAUAAAAAUAAAGAUUGGAUUUUUAUUUGUUUCGCUGACAAUUUUGUGUAGUUGCGGCAGCCAUGACUGGAACUCUGAAAUGUGUGGUGGUCCCAGUAGAUGGUAGCGAAGAGAGUAUGAACGCCCUGAAAUGGGCCCUUGAAAACGUCACCGUUUUAUCACCGGAAGAUGGCGGAUCUUUCGUUGUUCUUCAUGUUCAAUCUCCACCGUCCAUUGCUGUCGGAAUUAAUCCUGGUUCUAUCCCUUUUGGUGGUCCCAGUAUGGAGGUGCCGGCUUUUGCAGCGGCGGUUGAAGCACAUCAGAAGCGGAUUACUGAAGCUAUUAUUAAUCAUGCUUUGGAAAUUGUUUCCGAGAAAAAUGUGAAUGCCAAAACCCAUGUAGUUAUUGGAGAUCCAAAGGAAAAGAUAUGUGAAGUUGUUGAUGAAAUGCAUGCUGAUUUGCUGGUCAUGGGUAACCGUGCUUUCGGUCCCAUCAAAAGAAUGUUUCUGGGAAGUGUGAGUAAGUAUUGCAGCAACCACGCAUCAUGCCCUGUUGUCAUUGUAAAGAAUAACCAAGUUGAUGAAGCUUUACCAGCAUAUGGUGAGAAAUGACACACUUGCAUGGUCUAACUGGGUUUGUUUUCUUCUUCCCUUUACGAGACGAGUCGGUGGAAUUGCUGGACUAUGUACUUUCUAUGGCUGCUCUUGGACUUUAGUGAUGUUUUCAUUGUGAAGUUUGUCAUUAAAUGCGAUGAUUAAAUUGAUUGUUCGUGCCUGGUCUAAGCUCUUCGUCUCUGGACUAAGGUUCCAUACUAUGUUGUUAUGCAAUGGUGUUUGUAUUGUUGAAAAUGAUGAAGUUUGUAAUAUUGUAACUUUGUAUAGUAUCAUCACCGUUAUCUCGUGAGAAAUAAAAGCGAGGCUCCGUUGCAAUAGUUUCUUCA